AAAAUUUCACUGAAUUUUAGUUCUAUAGAUGCAGUCAUAAACAAUGAACGGUGUGGUCAAAUUAUGUUCUCCAUGCGGAAUAGUUCUUCUGCUGAUGCUGCACUACAAAGCAGCUUUAGGAAUAAUCAACGGGGACGAAGUGGUUCCUCAUUCUCUUCCGUACAUGGCCGCUCUACAGACAGAAAUUAAUGGACGUACAAUUCGUUGCGGCGGGUCUUUGAUCGAAGUCAAUAAAGUCCUUACUGCAGCAUCAUGCGUAUAUGGAGCAUCCAGUGUAACAAUAAAACUCGGUGCUCAUAAUUUAGAAGAAGACGGCGCCCAAGUGAAACUGAAUUCCUCAGUUUUUACGAUUCAUCAAGACUUUGAUCCCGAUUUACAUUUGCACGAUAUAGCGAUUGUUCAUUUAGAGCAAAACGUUACACUUAACGAUUCGAUUUCGACAAUUUCCACUCCACCAUUAGGCGAUAUUCUAUUGACAUUUGCCGACGAUUUGGGAAUGGUAGCUGGAUGGGGAAAAAUCAACGAUACAGACCCAAAUUACUCUAAUGUUCUCAGGAAAAUUGAGAUGACAAUUAUUCCCUUUCUAGCUUGCACUAUUCCGUACUUGGGCAAAGUUCAGACGUCUCAAAUUUGUACUACAGGAAUGCAGAACGGAAAAAAUAUUUGCUUGGGAGAUAGUGGAAGUCCAUUAGUGGUUAAUGGAACUCAGGUCGGAAUUGCGUCUUAUGGGAGCGAUUUAGGCUGUUCUGUUGGUGCUCCAGGCGUGUUCACUAGAUUGACCAGUUACUACUUCUGGUUGUUGGGCGAGGAAUAAGUUCAGCAUCUGACCGUUUAAUAAUGUAAUUGCGAUUGGAGUCAAAUACAUAAUAAAUUACUUUCAUUAA